UUACCACCACCACUCUCUACCUAGGGUGACACUCGCAGCCUUUCUUCCUCCCGCUCUACAAAGACCUCUUUCGGCUCUCCCCUGCCUCCACUUCUUUGCCCCUUUCCCUCUUUCCUCUGCUUUUUCCUCCCUCAAAUCCUCCGCUCCUCUCCUCGCUCUGCACCUAGCUUGCUCUGUCUCAUACCUUCUUGCUUCACACCGCACCUUGCUCUGUUGGGUUCCUGCAAAGGAAAUGGCAUUCCACCAUGACUCGCCUCUGCUGCUCAGAAUCAACACCAGAGGCGGCCACCACAUGGGCGGCGACGAGGCGGAGAACCAGCGCUGGCCGCCGUGGCUCAAGCCGCUGCUGGCCACCAGCUUCUUCGGCCAAUGCAAGAUGCACGCGGACGCCCACAAGUGCGAGUGCAACAUGUACUGCCUCGACUGCGUCAGCGGCGCGCUAUGCUCACAGUGCCUCGCAUACCACCACGGACACCACGCCAUCCAGAUACGUCGUUCGUCGUACCACGACGUGAUCCGCGUGUCGGAGAUCCAGAAGGUGCUGGACAUCACCGGCGUGCAGACCUACAUCAUCAACAGCGCGCGCGUCGUCUUCCUCAACGAAAGGCCGCAGCCCAGGCCGGGGAAGGGCGUCACCAACACCUGCGAGGUCUGCGAGCGCAGCCUGCUCGACACCUUCCGGUUCUGCUCGCUCGGAUGCAAGAUCGUGGGCACCUCCGGCGAGUACCGCGGCCGGAAGAAGCACGCCGCCGGGAUGAAGAGGAAGCUGAAGAAGCCCACGACCGGCGCCGUGGCGUCUGACUCGGACGACUCGUCCACCAUCACGAGCGGCGGCAGCGAGAAGAGCAGCGUGGUGCAGAGCUUCACCCCGUGCACCCCGCCGGCCACCGCCACGGCCAACAGCUACCGCUCCGCCAAGCGGCGCAAGGGCAUCCCGCACCGCUCGCCCUUCGGCAGCCUCAUGCUCGACUUCUAGUCUCUGCUAGAGCAGAGCAACCCGAGCUCGCGCACCUCGCCGCCGGUACAACUACCACUGUAGCAUACACAUCCGUAUCUACCUCUUCUACGUACUAUAGUUCGUUCUGUUCUGUUCUAUACAAGAAGCAAAGGAGCUUUAGCAAUAACGAGCGCCCCCAUUGCCGCCGCACCCCUGCGCUUCUGGACGAGGAGGCCGGUGCAGCGCAAUGCGGGAUGGCAACGAUAGUUGUUACUACUUCCAUACUAGUUUUUACAGACAGUUAGUAGCAAGAAGGGUGUGGGUUUGUCUUCUUCGUCUCCCCGGAAGGGCGUGGGAGGUAGUAUGUGAUAGUAGCUAGUAAGUUUUGCAACUCUUUCAUAGAUGUUUUUAGCUUUGUUUGAUACAGUGUACUAUGGUAGAUGUACAUAUAUGCAUGUAUACUAUCACAGAUGGGGAAAUGCUAGUACUAUGACUCCGGUACGUGUUCAUAUUUGUCCUGUAAUAAAUUUGAGAAUGCUGCUCCUCAUCAGGUCUGUUGCUUGCUUGA